GAGGGAUUGCUUUAAGAACGCAAUAGAAUUCAGAGGGAAAUAGUUGUGAAUUUUUACAAAUUAUUUUGAAUAUAAAAAGGAUUUAUAAAUAAGGAGUACGUUAUAUUGAAGUGUUUGAACUUUGACUUAAGAUUAUUUAACUAAAGGAUUACUUUCUGAAAAAAAACAGAAUGCUAGAAGCGUUACCUUUGUUACUAUUUCUGUGCGUUAUUGGGAAUGCUGUCUCGCUUGAAGACGGACCAGGUGUGUGUAACAGAACAGAACGCCAAACUGUCGAUCGAGUUGUGACAAAAGAGGUAUAUGUUGGAACAACAGAGAUACCAUGUGUUGUCAAUAGCUGGCUAGAUGAACUGUCAUGUAUGAACAGAAAAACGAAGACAAUAAACGUUACAGAACAUAGAAAUGAAACAGUACAGGAAAUCGUUCCAAUGGUUAUAAAGUUCUGUUGUGCAGGAUAUACCCUCGUGGGUGACAGAUGUAUACUGCAAACUACAACCACAACAACAACGGAGAGAAUGACAACCACUUCUACCGUUAAAGUAGAAACAACGCAACCUCAAACGACCACAAUACCAACAACACAACCACAAACAACCAUAAAACCAACAACUCAACCACAAACAACCAUAAAACCAACAACACAACCACAAACAACCAUAAAACCAACAACACACAAAACAACAGUAAAACCAGAAACGACGACAAUUAAAAAAUCCGAAACUACACAAAGAAUUAUUGAAACGACUGUUCCACCAAAAUCAACUAAAAAUAUUCUUACAACAUCUGAAACGACCAUUAAUGAUAUUGCAGCAACCUCUGAAAGGAAAGUGACGUUUGAAGCAAAAGUUAAACCCAAACCGACCACUACCUACAUAACAGGCGCAGACGGAAGUACACCUAUUCCAGACUAUGAAAAAGGCAUCAACCCAGAAAGUUCCUCUGGGAAUUUAGAUACAAGAGACCUGUUAUUAUAUGUGUCGGCUGCCUGUGGACUGUUGUCUUUUAUAACUAUGAUAGUUGUCGUCGGCAUAUGUUACCAGAGAUCAAAGAGAAACAACAACCGCCGAUUCCAUAAUGAUAUUCUGUCAAUGGAAACAGUUCGAGUAAACGGUUUGAAUCAAAUGCAUGGUGUGGAAAACCCAAAUUAUAAGCAACAGCAUCAAUCAGAGUGCGUCGAAACUCCAAACUACAGAGAAAAGAAGCAAAAUAGUACCAACGUGUAUACAGAAAUGCGCUUAACCGGAGUAAACCAGUACGAUGAUCUCGUAGGAAUCGAGGAAGACCCCUAUGACGAACUACCUGACGAGUUACCGGGCGAUUACCAAGAUUGCGAUGCGUCCCCAAGAUUAUACAAGGCUUCGGUAUCUCCAGAAAACCAUUACGAUGUUUCAAAGUAUUGAAUCUGUCUGAUGUUAGUGAUACCUGGUAUAUCAGCCAGAGUAAAGACAAGACAUAUGAGUUGAACUGAGGUUUUGUUUGGCAAUUUUAUGUUUGCCGUUAAAUCAAACAUUAUAAUGUGUAAAUUAUCGUUGUGCUGGAUUUUUAAAACAAAUAUUAUAACUGUACUUUAUAAUUGGUAACUAAUUGUGUGUGUGAUAUACAAUACCGUUAAUCGGAGUACUUUCGCAUUGGUCAUAUUUUCGCCAUGAUCGUGGUAAUUAUUUUACGUGAACAUUUCACUCUCCAUUUAAAAGUACUUUCAAUGCCGUGAAGAAAAAGACUCAGAGGGUCUGAAUAGUGUUUACAGAAUAGAGAAUUAUGGACACCCAUUCAGACCCUCUUCUAAGGUCCAAAUCGUGAACAAACCAUGGCGCAAAAACAAGCCGAUAUACAGAAUACUAGUAUAUACUUAUUCUGUUUGUUUCAUAUUUAAGUAUAUCGUUUUUUUUUGUUUAGUGUUUGCCUACGAUUUUUGCGAUGAGAGAGAGAGAGAGAGAGAGAGAGAGAGAGAGAGAGAAUAAUUAGCAGAAACAUAAAAUUCGUUAAAAAGUCAAAAAUAAUAUGUACUAUCUUUAAAAGAGAUACCUGAUGCAUUUAGGUGUGAGCAUAGCUAGAAUUUAAAACAAACCAUGAAUCUUUAUCAUUUUUUGUUAUCAUAGUUAAAAAAUUGCACACAAUUUGACGAACAAAGCCUGACGAUUCUGAAAUUUGAGUAGAUGCUCUUUUCUCUAAAGAAUUAAAAUAUAUACUGAUGCUUAACUAAAUGUAUAUAUAGGUAUUUUUUCAUAGAUAAGGAAGUACAAAGUUGUGAAAUAUACACCAAACAUACUAUAUAAUUAGUUACUAUUUCUAAUGAAUAACACACUUGAAAAAUUUUAUAACCUUGAUGUCAAUCAUAACUAUAUAUCAAGCACAACUUUAACAAUUAGAUAUACAACCUAUUUCGGUGUGUAUAUCGGAGACGUACGGAUGCCAAAGGGAGAUGGUCUAUAGAAUACAUCUUUUGACAAGUAAUUAAAUUUGCGAUAUAUGUAUUUAAGCGAUUCUUUAUUUCAAGUAAAUAAUUUUGUACUCUU